CGCCUCAAGAAAGCUUAUCUUUCCAACAUAUAAAACCAACAAUUUGAAUAGAAGUGUUAGUACCUAGUAGCCAGUGGUAAAUGGUAAGCAAGUUUUCAUACAAAAAUUGAGAGGGGAAAUUAAACUAUGGGCGGUCUGCAACUGCCACUACACAGCAUCCAUGCUUUAUUUCCCAAACCCAAUUCCUACAUGUCUUCUCUAUCCACUGGUUGUGUUACAAGGACCAUAGCACUGCUUUAUCCUAGUGGAAACUAUGCUUUUAGAGGAGCACAAGGAAGGUUUUUUCACUAUACUACCAGAAGUACUCCAGUUUCAGCGUCAGUACAGCCCGUGACAGAGGAAUUGAUGGAGGAGGAUUAUAAAACUGAAGAUAAUCCUGUUAGUGGGAAUUCCAUACGUCGCAGAUUUCUUGAAUUCUAUGCUUCCCGAGGCCAUAAGGUUCUUCCGAGUUCUUCUCUUGUGCCGGAUGAUCCCACUGUGCUUUUGACAAUUGCAGGAAUGCUUCAAUUCAAGCCUAUAUUCCUCGGGAAGGCUUCCAGACAAGUACCUCGAGCUACAACUUCUCAGAAGUGCAUUCGCACAAAUGAUGUGGAGAAUGUCGGACGAACAUCCCGGCAUCAUACAUUUUUUGAGAUGCUUGGAAAUUUCAGUUUCGGUGAUUACUUCAAGAAAGAAGCAAUUAAAUGGGCAUGGGAGCUUUCAACUAAAGAAUUUGGGCUACCAGCUGACCGACUAUGGAUCAGCAUAUAUGAGGAUGAUGAUGAAUCCUAUGAAAUAUGGCAUAACGAGGUGGGUGUUCCCUCUGAGCGUAUUAAGAGGAUGGGUGAAGAUGACAACUUCUGGACCAGCGGAAUAACUGGUCCUUGCGGUCCAUGCUCGGAGCUCUAUUAUGACUUUCAUCCUGAAAGAGGAUUAAUGGAUGUGGAUCUUGGAGAUGAUACGAGGUUUAUUGAAUUCUAUAAUCUAGUUUUCAUGCAGUACAAUAAAAUGGACGAUGGAUCACUGGAACCCUUAAAACAAAAGAAUAUAGAUACUGGUCUUGGCCUGGAGCGUCUGGCUCGUAUCCUUCAAAAGGUUCCAAACAAUUAUGAGACUGACCUGAUUUAUCCCAUUAUUGAAAAGGCUUCCGAGUUGGCAAAUAUAUCAUAUGCUCAAGCUGAUGAUCAAACAAAAAUGAAACUCAAAAUAAUAGGAGACCAUUUGCGUGCGGUCGUGUUUCUUAUAUCGGAUGGAGUACCCCCAUCAAAUAUUGGUAGAGGCUAUGUGGUUCGCCGGCUUAUUAGAAGGGCUGUUCGUACUGGUAGAUUACUUGGUAUAGAGGGUGAUGGUAAAGGUAACCUAGAUGGAGCUUUCUUACCGACCAUUGCUGAGAAAGUAAUGGAGUUGAGCACCCAUAUUGAUUCAGAUGUAAAGGCUAGAGCAUCCCGCAUCCUUGAAGAGUUACAAAGAGAAGAACUUCGCUUUGUGCAGACGCUUGCGAGAGGAGAGAAGUUGCUUGACCAAAUGCUUGAAGAUGCAUCAUCAAGUGGUCAAAAAGAUAGAGCUGUACCUUGCUUAUCUGGGAAAGAUGUAUUUCUUUUGUACGACACAUUUGGAUUUCCAGUUGAGAUAACAGCAGAGGUUGCUGAAGAAUGUGGUGUUAAAAUAGAUAUGGAUGGUUUUGAUUCUGAGAUGGAAAAACAAAGGCGCCAAUCUCAGGCUGCCCAUAAUGUUGUUAAACUUACAGUUGACAAUGAUGAUCUUUCUGAAAAUAUUUCUGACACUGAGUUUCUAGGAUAUGACACCCUUUCUUCCAGAGCAAUCAUUGAAAGUCUCUUGGUAAACGGGAAGCCAGUAAUUCAGGUUCCUGAAGGAAGUGAAGUAGAAGUUUUGCUGAACAGAACGCCGUUUUAUGCUGAAUCUGGUGGUCAAAUUGGGGAUCACGGUAAAUUGUAUGUUACUGAAGGCGAAAGCAAAUGUAAAGCUGUUGUGGAAAUAAAAGAUGUUCAAAAAUCUCUAGGCAAUGUGUUUAUUCAUAAGGGCACUGUAAUAGAGGGAGUCCUAGAGGUUGGCAGAGAAGUAGAAGCUGCAGUUGAUCCAAAACUGAGACAGCAAGCUCAGGUUCAUCAUACUGCUACUCAUUUGUUACAAUCCGCACUCAAAAAAAUUAUUGGCCAAGAAGCAUCACAAGCAGGUUCACUGGUGGCUUUUGACCGUCUUAGGUUCGACUUCAACUUUCAUCGAGCACUUUUUGAUAAUGAGCUGGAGGACAUUGAAGAAUUGAUAAAUGGAUGGAUUGGGGACGCAGCCCUUCUGCAAAGCAAGGUGAUGCCCCUCUCCGAGGCUAAAAAUGCUGGGGCUAUUGCAAUGUUUGGAGAAAAAUAUGGAGAGCAGGUACGGGUUGUAGAGGUUCCAGGUGUAUCAAUGGAACUUUGUGGUGGAACUCACGUUAGCAACACUUCUGAGAUACGCGCCUUCAAAAUAAUCUCAGAGCAGGGAAUUGCUUCUGGAAUUAGGCGUAUAGAAGCUGUGGCUGGUGAAGCUUAUAUUGAAUAUAUGAAUGCAAGAGAUUCCCAGAUGACACGUCUUUGCUCCACUCUCAAAGUGAAAGCUGAAGAAGUGACAACAAGGGUAGAAAGUCUCUUAGAGGAGUUACGAAUUGUAAGAAAUGAAGUUUCAGCCGUACGUUCAAAAGCAGCAGUAUAUAAAGCAUCAAUCAUCGCAAACAAGGCACUUUCAGUGGGAACGUCAAAAACCAUUCGGGUACUAGUUGAGUCCAUGGAUGAUAUAGAUGCGGAUUCACUUAAAAGUGCAGCCGAAUACUUGAUUGCUGAGCUAGGAGAUCCGGCAGCCAUAGUUUUGGGGUCUUGUCCAGAUGAUGGAAAGGUGAGCUUAGUUGCUGCAUUCAGUCCAGGGGUUGUCAAAUUUGGUGUUCAGGCAGGAAAAUUCAUAGGGCCUAUAGCAAAAUUUUGUGGUGGUGGAGGCGGUGGCAGACCGAACUUUGCUCAAGCAGGCGGACGGAAACCUGAAAAUUUAUCAACUGCUUUGGAGAAAGCUCGAGAAGAUCUAUUGACGAUUCUAACUGAAAAGGCAAGCUGAAAUAGUUCUCAUAAUCUCAUUAAACGUCCCAUCACAUUGCAUAUAUAAGACAUGCUGUAAUUUAACCAAUGAGUUAUAACUCAAAUGGUAUAUGCGUUAGUCAACAUUUUGCCAA